GGAGAGCACGGCCUCUCAGCGUGAGGGGGGAAUGGCGGGGGAGGUUGAGGUGAUGGCGGUGCCUUGUUGUUGCUGUCCCGGGCGCUAACGAGCCCUCACUGCCCCGCGGGCUCCGGGAAGAGCCCUCUUUUCCCACCGCGCCGGUCCUGCAGUCCUGCACGGGCGUCCCGGAGGGGAGAUGCGGUAGCGUGGGGUGAAUCCAGCUGCCUGCACGGGGCCUUUGGAGGCGAUGGAGCCGCUCCCCGAGCUCUACUCGAUCUUCCAGGGCGAGGUUGCUGCAGUGACAGAUUAUGGGGCAUUUAUCAAAAUCCCAGGCUGCAGGAAACAAGGCCUCGUGCACAGGACUCACAUGUCCUCCUGCCGCGUGGACAAACCCUCAGAGAUCGUCGACGUUGGGGACAAGGUCUGGGUGAAGCUCAUUGGGAAAGAGAUGAAGGAUGACAAGCUGAAGCUGUCCCUCUCCAUGAAGGUUGUUCACCAAGGCACGGGGAAGGACCUGGAUCCCAACAACGUUUCCCUUGAUCAGGAUGAGCGGAAGAAACGCACCUUCAGGGACUACGCGAGCCAGAAGAUCACCCUGGAGGCUGUGCUGAACACGGUGUGCAAGAAAUGUGGCUGCAAAGGUCACUUUGCCAAGGAGUGUUUCAUGCAGCCUGGAGGAACCAAAUACAGCCUCAUUCCAGAGGAGGAGGAGGAGGAGGGGGCAGCAGCAGGGUGUGAAGGGGAUAAAAAGAUCAGCCAGGCUGAGGAGUCUUCAAAAAAGAGGAAAAAGGGAGCGUUCCGAGGCUCCAGAGCAGUUUCUGUCCCUGUGAAAACGGCACCAGAUCAGAGACGUUUUCCAGGCACUGUUUGACCUCUGGCUUGGAGCAGGAUGGGAUAAAAUAAAACACAGGUGAGGCUUGAACCCAAACCAGGAGCUUUUAGUGAGGUUUAUUCAGGGAUGAGGAUUCACAGAAUCCCAGAGGGUUUGGGUUGGAAGGGACCUUAAAUCCCACCCCUGCCAUGGUCCCAGGUUGCUUCAAACCCUGUCCAGCCUAGCCUGGGACCCGUCCAGGGGCAGCCACAACCCAUUUCAAGACUUCAAUAAAUAAACUCUUCCGUCAGCCCUUUCACAGUCCCACUUUUAAUUACUUUUCCAAAGCCCUUUCUCUGUUUCUCCCCCUCUUUCCAGUUCUGUGGUCUCUCUGUGUCCCUGGAGAGAGGCAACAGGCAGAAAAGGCUCAGGUUAUUUAAAUGUUUUGGGGAAAAAUGACACAAAGAAGUGCACAAAUAAUUUGUUAUCCCACCCCUGCCCAUCCCCCAGGGUGGGGACUCCCAGUGGAGUCUUGCCCUGCUGACACUACAGGAAAUGUGGGUCACUGUCCUAAGUUGUUCCUGAUGUUUUUUUUAAGCUUGGUGGAUUAAUAGCUUUCCUUGAAAUCUCACUUGUUCCUUUGAUCUCCCUCCCUUCUCAAGGGUGACAUCAAAAGUUGUCAGAUGUUUUCCAGAGCUGGAAUAAUAAAACUUGGAGCUUUUUUGGGGCAGGAUGUGGGAUCCUGGAGAUGAAUGGUUCCCUUGUAGUCUCGAGUGCCUGCUGUGAUCUUGUCUGGGAGCCACCAUGUGCUUCCCUGCACGCCUGGAGCUGCAGGGAUUUACAGCACGUGGAAAUGGCUCUGUGGAUUCAGGGACAAUCUCCUUGCUGACCUGUCCCCUCCCAUGUGUGUGACACCAUGUGGGGCUGGGAUUUUAGAGGAGAGGAGGGAGCUGCCAGCUCCUAGGGGAUUCCAUCUCCACAGAGUGUCAGAGCAAUAAAAUUAAUAUUUGUGGUUGUUCA